UAUUCGAUGGAGGCGUGGCGGGAGGUCAGUCUUGAAAUCGUUUCUGAUUGGUCUGCACUUCGUUGGCAUGCGCACUUUUCUCUAUCCAUUUUUUCCAUUCAACGUGUUAAUACUCAAGGAAACAGCACGGCGUGGACGUUCUAACAACAUUAUAAUAGAUCUCGGUUUGCAAGGAGACAUUUGACAUCAUGAGUAAUUCAUCAGAUUGGAUUCGUCCCGAUGCCCCUUCACGUUGUACUUGGACCCUUGGAAAAAACAAAGAAAAGAGCCCUCAUGUUCAUGAAAAUUUCAAGGAGGCCAGACCCAAGAUAUUUCCAAACAUCCUCCAACAGAUUGGUCACACUCCACUGGUCAGAAUCAACAACAUUGCACAAUCUGAGGGACUCAAGUGCGAAAUGUUGGUGAAGUGUGAAUUCUUUAACGCCGGUGGCAGUGUGAAGGACCGCAUAGGACUGCGGAUGAUAGAGAUGGCUGAGAAAGAGGGCAAACUAAACCCAGGGUGUACUCUCAUUGAACCAACCUCAGGCAAUACAGGGAUUGGGAUAGCCUUGGCAGCAGCAGUAAAAGGUUACCGGUGCAUAAUUGUCAUGCCCGAGAAAAUGAGUAACGAGAAAGUAGAUGUGUUACGUGCACUUGGGGCAGAGAUUGUAAGGACACCAACUGAAGCUCGUUUUGACAGUCCCGAAUCCCACAUUAGUGUUGCUCAGCGGUUGAAUCGGGAAAUUCCAAACUCGCUUAUUCUUGACCAAUAUCGAAAUGCUGGCAAUCCCCUUGCUCAUUAUGACAGAACAGCAGAUGAAAUCUGGGACCAGUGUGAUGGUAAGCUAGACAUGUUGGUUGCAGGGGCUGGGACAGGAGGUACUAUCUCUGGCAUUGCCAGGAAACUCAAGGAAAAGAAUCCAAACAUUAAGAUGAUUGGUGUAGACCCACUAGGUUCAAUCUUAGCCCUACCAGAAACUCUCAACCAAACCGAUGUCACAUCCUACCAAGUAGAAGGCAUUGGAUAUGACUUUGUUCCUACUGUGCUUGAUAUGGACGUUGUUGAUGAAUGGUACAAAAUUGAUGACAAAGAAUCAUUCAGAAUGGCCCGUAGGUUGAUCCGACAGGAAGGCCUCUUAUGUGGUGGUAGUUCUGGGUCAGCAAUGGCAAUAGCUAUCAAAGCUGCCAAGUCGCUUGAAGAAGGGCAGCGUUGUGUUGUUGUCUUAGCUGAUUCUGUUAGAAAUUAUAUGACAAAAUUCCUUUCUGAAGAUUGGAUGAUAGAGAACGGAUUCAUGGAUAAAGACUAUGGCCCAAAUGCACCUGAGAGUCAAUGGUGGUGGAAUCUCAAGUUAUCAGUUUUAGAGGUAAAUGCACCACUGACUGUGCUUCCAUCAGUUAAAUGUCAAGACUGCAUCAACAUAAUGAAGGAGGAGGGCUUUGAUCAGUUACCAGUAGUCAGUGAAGGGGGAGUGAUGCUUGGCACUGUUACCCUCGGCAACCUUUUAACACAGAUGGUUGCUGGACGAGUAAAGGCUAAUGCUCCUGUUUCAGACAUUCUGUACAAGAAGUUCAAAACUGUGACGUUGGACACUACAUUGGGCAGCCUUUCCCGUAUACUAGACAUAGACCCAUUUGCACUCAUUGUUCAGUAUCAGAAGCAAUAUUGUGGUGAAGAUGGUGGUGUGACACAAAGGCAGAUGAUAUAUGGAGUUGUGACCCAAAUUGACCUUGUCAAUUAUGUCACUAAAAAUCAACCCACUUCCCCUUCACCAACUACAAAAACCCCUAAUUUAUAAAUUCUUCAACCUUAAUUAAUCUUGCCAAAAUCAUGAAUUAUUAACAAUUUUUUUAAAUGUUAUUUUUUUUUAGUUUUUUUUAGGUACAUACAGUGUUUGUCAGUCCAGUUUGCAUUUUCACACAGUACUGUAACUUAUUUUAUUGUCAUUAUAUUUGAUGGUUGAAUUUUACGUCAAAUUUUACCCUGUCAAUAUGGAAGCAAAAACUGUAAAUUAACUGGUAAUUUUAAACCUCUUUCUUGUGUUGAUAAUGCUAUAUUUUAUACUGUGAACCACAAAGCCCUGUUCACACUGGAUCAUUUUUACCAGGAUGAAGGGUAAAUCUAUCUUGGUGAAAUCAUUCUACCGUUCACACUUGGAUUAGAUAUGAAUAGGCUUUAAGAUAUUAAGGUUUACCAUGUGUGCUCAGUGCAAUUGUAGAUACAUUUUGAGUAAAGUUCAGCAGUGCAUGUGGUAUUAGCACGCGCUCAGAAAGAUGUUACCAAUUACAUUGUUUGCGUUGGACUUUCUCAGGGGUGGUGCAAGUGGGGCAGUAGGUGAGAACAUUAUUUCGUCAGGGAGAAGAAAGAUUUAUAUGUAUUUUUUACAUAUUAGUAGACACUAAAAUCCAUUUAAAUAAGCCUAUGAAACUACUGUACUAAAUUGUCAUAGUUUUUGAGCUAUAUCCGACCCCGCCAAUUUGCGCUUUUGUUAGGGACAUCGGCCUCUCUUCCCGUGGGGAAAGUCCUGGUGCCAUUCCGGGCCUUGCUUGCUGGAAUUAACAGCCUGGUUAUUGUAUCAGUGCAACAUUUGCAUUUAGAGUUCUACAAUAAGAGAGCGCACAUAUUAUGUAAAUAUGUUAAGGAACAUUAGGGUUUCUAAAUGUGCAGUAAUCAGAGGGGCAAUUUACAGUAAAUAUUAUGAAACUUAAAUUUCAUAAAUUUUACUUUUAACAUGCAGCUGCGAAUGAUCAAACAAAUGAUGGCGUAAAUAAAUUAUUGUUAAGAUGUGAUAUAUUGUUAUAUUUAACAAGUGAUAGGAAAUGGGAUUUACAGCCAGUAAAGUAAAUAAUAUCUGAACAUUUGUAUAGCACUCUUGAAUCCCACAUUGCUUAAUGGUUCUGUAUAUGCAAGUUGACUUUUUUCUAUACACACUGUAGUUAGACUAGCUUCUUUAUGCAUUUAAAAAGUAAAAUAGUGUUCUAUUUUAAGUGAAUAUUCUUAUAUUAAAGUCUUUUGCUCUGAUAUUGUCUAUUCAAUAUUUCUUUUUGCAUUUAAAAAUGUAUAAUGAAGCAUAAUAAUAAGUCCAACUUUAUUUGGUA